AUGCCAUCUCUACCACGCUACGAGGGCACCUUCAGUUUCGUCUCUUCGAGGCUAUAUGCAAGCAUCAAGCGCGCCAUCCCUACCUACGACAAGGAAGACCCAAAGACCUGGCCAUAUGUCACUCUGUCGACAAUCGAGAAACUCCGCCCUUUUCAAGGAUAUCCGGAUCUGCCUACGGGCGUGGCUUACCAGCGGGAAGCAAUGAAGCGAUACGAAAACAUGUACACACCACAAGAGCGAGCAAUUGCCGCCUCUGUGAACGGUCCCUUGCACCAGCGGUACCCGUACAACUACGAUCGAUUUGACGAGCCGAAAGAGAAAGUCGGUAUGUCGGGGGCGGAGUAUCGGAGCUACAUGGCGAGUAUGACUCCAAUGCCAUCUACACCACGCAAGCGCGAGCGCGAAGAAUGGGAGCAAGACAUCCCCGACAGCGCAAUCGACUGCUCCACACCCCAUCCUCAAAGCCAGCCAUCAGAGCCCGAAUCCCCCACCCCAGCCACCAGACCCCAACCCCCCUCCCGCUGCCCCAACAAAACCUGCACCGAAACCCGCCGCGAAGCCGCCAGACUCCGCGGUACCCUCUUCGACAAAGACUCCCAGCUCCUCAGCUGCCAAUCCGACCUCAAAGAAUACGAGACAACCGAAAAGCUACGGCGACGAGCUUUGGAAGACGCGGAGUACGAGGUCGAGAAGGAGAAGCAACGGGCUGAUGCUGCGGAGAGGGAGUGUUACAGCAGCGCGUGA